AUGGAGGGGGAGGAUAGUUUUGUGGCUCUGGUUCAUUGCUUUGGAAAAAUUCAAAAGAGCAAAAGGCAUGGUGUAAAAUUCACAGAUAGAGAACCGCUUAAUAUUUUUAUCCGAUCGUCGAAUACGUUGGCAGAGAUUAAGCUAAGCAUAUUACGGAAGCUCGGUACCUAUGGGACGAAGUGGGUAAAAAAAAUAUUUUACAAGAUUUCCAUUGCCGUUGUGUCAAUCGGUGUGAGAUAUGAGACCUUCGUGAUCGGGUCGGAUGAAGACUUGCAGGUCUUGUUUCACUACAGGCGUAGUUUUCCGGAGGUGAGGAUACCUGAGCUGCUUGCGAAGUUGGAAGAUGGUGUGGAUAGCUCUGGGGCAUCGACACCGAAUCCUCAGUCGACCCCAGCUGGUAGUGCAUCAACAUCAAUGCCUGUGGUAGCAGCGGCAGUUCCAAAUGCUGAGCCCGAACAAGCUGGGGCUAUUCAUGCAUAUAUUGCUCCUGUUGUUCCUGAUUUUGAAUGCGAUGCCGGACCGGAUCGAGUUGAGAAUGCACUGUUUGAUGAUGAUUCGGAUGAGGAGCCUGUCGAUAUUGGUGGGGACAGUGAUGAUGAUAUUCCAAGAGGUGGACGUUCAGCCCAUGGAGGUUCCGGUUCUGGAACACAAGAGUACCCUCCCCACCUCUCUUCUUUGAACUUGGAAGCCAUCGGCCAACACCAUAAUGUAGAUGCAACAUUCGAUGGGCAGGGGAUGCAUGAUGGGAUACCUAUGACUGAAUUUCAGAUUGGCCAAUCGUUCCAGAGUAAAGAGGAAGCCAUGUUGAGUGUAAAAGAUUACAGUAUUCGGCGUGGAGUUGAGUACAAGGUUAUGGAGUCCGACAAUCUGAAAUACCAAGGGAGAUGCAAGGAGUUUGGUAACGGGUGCACGUGGUUGAUUCGGAUAGUCAUGCGGAAAAGGAAGAGCACAUGGAAAGUUAGGAGGUACAACGGUCCGCACACGUGUAUGGCCACAUCGAUAUCAAGCGAACACAAGCAGCUUGAUUAUCAUGUCAUCUGUGCGAGAAUCUAUCCAUUGGUUCGAGCUGAUGCGUCGGUGUCGAUUAAGGUGUUGCAAGAGGCAACGGAGGCGACUUAUGGAUUCAAGCCUAGUUAUCGGAAGGUGUGGUUGGCGAAGCAGAAGGCAGUAGCGCAAAUAUAUGGCGAUUGGGAGGAGUCAUAUGCUAAUCUACCACGGUGGAUCCUUGGGGUCACAUGCACGAUGGAAGGUUCUGUUGCUCUACUGAAGACGUCCCCGGUUAGGGUGGGUGACCAAGUUGAUGAAGAUAGAGUCUACUUUCAUCGGAUGUUUUGGACAUUCCCUCCGUGUAUUGAGGCAUUCCGCCACUGUAAGCUGCUCGUAAGCAUCGACGGAACGCACCUCUAUGGCAAGUAUGGCGGGACAUUAUUGUUGGCGAUCGCUCAGGAUGGUAACUCGAAUAUUUUGCUUGUUGCGUUUGCACUCGUGGAGGGGGAAAAUGCAGAGUCUUGGUCAUACUUUCUUUCGAACCUUAGAAGGCAUGUCACUCCACAACAAGGUAUUCUCGUGAUCUCUGAUAGACACAACGGCAUCAAGGCUGCACUAGAGUCCCCCGAUAGUGGUUGGCAACCUCCCCAUGCUUAUCGGGCAUUUUGUAUUCGGCAUGUUGCUGCAAAUUUUGCCCUCACUUUCAAGGGACAGGAUGCGAGGAGGUGGCUGGUAAAUGCCGCGUAUGCGAAGACGGAAGCAGAAUUCGACUAUUGGUUUGAUAUAAUGAGGACGGAAAACCCGGCCAUGUGCGAUUGGGCAAACAGAAUGGAGUAUGAGAGGUGGACACAGCACAAGGAUGGGGGGAGAAGAUAUGGUCACAUGACGACCAACAUUUCUGAGUGUGUGCACUCUGUCUUGAAGGGCACAAGAAACCUACCGGUGACGUCUCUUGUUAAGUCGACAUACCUCCGGCUGGCGGAGUUGUUUGUUGUCCGGGGGCACACGGUAGAGGCACAGUUAGGGUCCGGGCACCGGUUUUCACAGGCAGUAGUUAAGGCCAUUGAGCGUAACCUGAAGGAUUCGAGGUGCUUCACCGUGACUGUGUUUGAUAGACAUCACCUUGACUAUACAGUGGCUGAGACGACACCCACCAACAAAUUCUCUUUGGGUAGCUAUCGGGUUUCUCUAAGGGAUCGCACCUGCGAUUGUGGAUACUUCCAGGCGCUGCACUACCCCUGUUGCCAUGCCCUCGCAUGCUGUGUGCAGUCACGGCUAGAUUGGGCCACUUAUGUCGAUGAGGUGUCGCCUGUCCAGGCUGCCCGGUCAUACUCGAAGGGUUUGCCCUCAGCGAGGUUCUACUAG